GAGAAACAUAUAUAGCGAACUCCUUUUGCAGUGCCUGUACUCAUUGCUCGAUCGUUGCGAGAGCUGUGUGCGUGUGCGAGAGAUAGAAGACGAACAAAAGAUGGGCGUGGCGACGGUGACGGAGCUGAAGCAGAGCGUGAGCGUCUCCGGGAAGAAGAUGUUCCGGACGAGCCUCAGCAAUCGCCACGCCAACGAAUGGCCUCCGACCGACGUCUCCAGCGACCUCACCGUCGAGGUCGGCACGUCCAGCUUCGCCCUCCACAAGUUCCCGCUGGUCUCCCGGAGCGGCAAGAUCCGGCGGCUCGUCGCGGAGGCCAAGGACGCCAAGCUCGCGCGCCUCACGCUCCACGGCACCCCUGGCGGCGCCCCGGCGUUCGAGCUGGCCGCCAAGUUCUGCUACGGCGUCCACGUCGACGUCACGGUUGCCAACGUCGCCAUGCUCCGCUGCGCCGCGCGCUACCUGCAGAUGACCGACGACUUCUCCGACAAGAACCUCGAGCUCCGCGCCGAGGCCUUCCUCCGCGACGCCGUGUUCCCCAGCAUCGCCAGCUCCGUGGCCGUUCUCCGCACCUGCGAGGCGCUGCUCCCGGCCGCUGAGGAUGUCAACCUGGUCGCUCGCCUCAUCGCUGCCAUCGCCAACAACGUCUGCAAGGAGCAGCUCGCGUCCGGCCUGCUGUCCAGGCUGGACCAGAGCGCGCAGCUCAAGCCGCAGACGGUGGGGCUCGUGGAGCUCGACUCGCCGGGGCCGGGGGACUGGUGGGGCAAGUCGGUCGCCGGCCUCGGGCUCGACUUCUUCCAGCGGCUGCUCUCCGCCGUCAAGUCCAAGGGCCUCAGGCAGGAGACGGUCACCCGCAUCCUCAUCAACUACGCCCAGAACUCGCUGCAUGGGCUCAUGACCUGCAGGGACAUGUCGGCCGCGGACAAAUGCGGCGGCGUCACGGACACGGACGCACUCAAGAAACAGCGCGCCGUGGUCGAGACCAUCGUCGGGCUGCUGCCUGCGCAGUCCAAGAAGAGCCCGGUCCCGAUGGCUUUCCUCUCCGGGCUCCUCAAGACGGCGAUGGCGCUGUCCGCCUCCAACACGUGCAAGACUGACCUCGAGAAGCGGAUCGGCAUGCAGCUUGACCAGGCCAUCCUCGAGGACAUCCUGAUCGCCACCGGGUCGUCCUGCGCGACGACCUCGCCGACGCCGGCAGCGGCAGCUGUGCAACAGCACCAAACUCUGUACGACACGGACGUGGUGACGAGGAUCUUCUCGGUGUUCCUCAACCUCGACGAUGACAACGAGGAGGACGGCGGCGGUGGGUUCGAUUAUGACAGCCCGCGGUCUCCGAAGCAGAGCGCCCUGGUUAAGGCUUCCAAGCUGCUGGACAGCUACCUAGCCGAGAUCGCGCUCGACUCCAACCUCGUCCCUUCCAAGUUCAUCUCCCUCGCCGAGCUCCUCCCCGACCACGCCCGCCUCGUCACCGACGGCAUCUACCGCGCCGUCGACAUCUUCAUCAAGGUGCACCCGAACAUCAAGGAAGCCGAGAGGUACCGAAUGUGCAAGGCGAUCGACUGCCAGCGGCUGACGCCGGACGCGUGCAGCCACGCGGCGCAGAACGAGCGGCUGCCGGUGCAGAUGGCCGUGCAGGUGCUCUACUUCGAGCAGAUCCGCCUGCGGAGCGCGAUCCAGUCCGGCGGAGGGGGCGGCGGCGGGGGAGGAAGCGUCUUCGGCGGGCACGACGCGGCGCUCUUCUACGGCUGCUCGGCGGCCGCGGCGACGGCGCAGGGCGGCAACAACAACAUGAGGUCCGGCAGCGGUGUCGGGAGCGGCGCCAUGUCGCCGCGGGACAACUACGCGUCGGUGCGGCGGGAGAACCGGGAGCUGAAGCUGGAGGUGUCGCGGAUGCGGAUGCGGCUGACGGACCUGGAGAAGGACCACGUGAGCAUGAAGCGGGAGCUGGUGCGCGUCAACCCGGCCAACCGCCUGCUCCGGAGCUUCGCGCGCAGCUUCGGCAGGCUCAACACGCUCUUCCGGAUGCGCCCCGCCGCCGAGCCCGGGCUGCAGCAGCUCGGCGCCAAGGCCACCGCCGAUGCCAAGGUGCUCUUCCAGCGCCGCCGCCGGCACUCCAUCUCUUAA